GGCCAACAAGCAAGCACACAUCAGAGAAUCAGAAAAGAGCAAGAAGAAAAGUGUCCAUCUCCAUCAUCGGUUUUGGGGUGAAGAAUAUUUUCGCGAAGUUCCGUGUUAUCUAGCGUUUUAGUGAAAGUUUUCUCCUUCCGGUCUGGAUCAUCUUCUACGGGCUUUAUUCCACGCUAGAUACUACUCGGUUCUUUGCGUUCAGCAUCGUCAAAUCGCUUGCCGCUUUAGCUUUCGUCAGAAUUCAGAUAUCUUAGGAACGCCGCCAGCAUGUUCAUUUGGGAUUGGUUUACCGGAGUGCUUGGAUAUUUAGGGCUCUGGAAAAAAUCUGGCAAGCUACUGUUUCUCGGUUUGGACAAUGCCGGUAAAACGACACUGCUGCACAUGCUCAAGGACGACAGAUUAGCACAGCAUGUGCCCACGCUACAUCCCACAUCCGAAGAACUCUCGAUCGGUAACAUGCGAUUCACCACGUUCGAUUUGGGUGGACACACGCAAGCUCGCCGCGUUUGGAAAGACUAUUUCCCGGCAGUGGAUGCGAUCGUCUUCCUGAUCGACGCCUGGGACCGCAGCCGUUUCACCGAGAGCAAAAACGAGCUGGACUCGCUGCUAACUGAUGAGGCCUUGUCCAACUGUCCGGUGUUGAUUCUUGGCAACAAAAUUGACAAACCGGGUGCCGCUAGCGAGGACGAGCUGAGGAACCACUUUGCACUGUAUCAACUCACGACCGGCAAGGGCAAAGUACCUCGCAACGAGCUGCCCGGACGUCCUCUUGAACUGUUUAUGUGCUCCGUGCUGAAGCGGCAAGGUUACGGAGAAGGCUUCCGUUGGCUUGCCCAGUACAUUGACUAAUGGCGGGGUGCGUUUGUGCUUGGCUGAGGUGGAGGCGAUUGAACAAUAGUAGAAACAACAACAACAUCAGCAGCAAAGGUUAUACUUACAAUUAUAGUGCAGCGAAACACACACACACACACACACACACAGAUCUUAGGACGAUUAAAGGAGUUUCGAGCGUUGGGGUAAAGAGAAGUAUUCUGGGACGCGUGAUAUUUAAUAAAAAAAAUAGUAAAAAACCAAUUGAGCAUCAUGCUUAAAUGUGGUGACUAAACAUUCAUAAAAAAAAAACUCUUAUCUACAAGACAAACGGUGAAAUGUGCCGUCUUUCGUCUAAAUUAGAUAAUUGGAAACAACGGACAAUUUAGAAUUACCGAAGCCCAUCAAAAAUAAUCGUUUACUGUUUGAGCUCGUUUCUCAUUUCUGUUUUCAUUCGCGUUAUGGCAUUUCUGUUUCGUCAUGUUAUUAGUUAUAAACUGGGCAUUUAGUUAACUCUUCCUAUCCCUCUCAUCGCAAAAAGACAUGCGGCAAAACGUAAUUCCGGUUUUUAAAAGCAUGGAUAGAAUCCCUUAAACAGUUUACAAUUUACGGUCCCCUUCUAUAAACAGUAAAAAAAAAACAAACAAGGAAGUCAGACGGUAUGUAAGAGUAUCUACCAAUCAAUAAAAUCUCCAGGUUUUUAGAUAUAAAA